CUCUCCGCCGCUCCCAUGGGGCACCCGGUGAGCUCCGCGCGGCUCGUCCAGCUGCUGCCGCUGCUCCUCCUGGCCCGCGGGGAGUGGCGAGGCGACGCCGCGGCCGCCGGCCGAGCCGCGCUGCUGAGCCCCUUCUUCGGCACCAAGUCCCGCUAUGAAGACCUGCGCCCGCACCUCCUCCAGGACCCGCUCUCGCUCGGGCCGCCGCUGCCGGGCUUCCCGCUGCCCCCGGCCUCCUGCACCCCGCUGCAGCUGAGCGCCGUCGUGCGCCACGGGACGCGCUUCCCCACUCGCAAGCAGAUCGAGCAGCUGGCGCGCCUGCACGACCGCCUCCGCGGCGGCGGCGGGGGCUGCUCGGCGGCGGAGCGCCUGGCGCGCUGGACCAUGUGGUACCAGCCGGACAUGGACGGGAAGCUGGCCUCCAAGGGGCGAAGCGACAUGAAGAUGCUGGCCAAGCGCCUCGCCGCCCGCUUCCCCAGCCUCCUGGCGCCCGGUCGGCGCCUGGCCUUCACCAGCAGCUCCAAGCCCCGGUGCCUGGACAGCAGCACCGCCUUCCGCGAAGGGCUCCGCGAGGCGCUUUACGGGCAGCCGAGCGACUGCGGGAGAAACGAAACAUUUGAAAUUAAUGAUAAGCUGAUGAGAUUUUUUGAUCACUGUGAAAAAUUUGUACGAGACAUUGAAGACAACAGUACGGCGUUACAUGAGGUCGAUGCCUUUAAGGAAAGUCCUGAGAUGAUGAAGAUAGUGAAUAAAACUGCACAUACUUUGUGUCUACCAGUGAAAGACCUAAAUGCAGAUUUGGUUCAAGUGGCAUUUUUUACUUGCUCAUAUGGGCUAAGUAUAAAAAACAUUAGCUCCCCCUGGUGUUCACUGUUCAACAAAGAAGAUGCCAAGGUACUUGAGUAUCUGAAUGAUCUCAAACAGUACUGGAAGAGAGCCUAUGGAUAUAAUAUUACCGGUCAGUCCAGCUGCAUGCUUUUCCAAGAUAUCUUCAAAAAUUUGGACAAGGCAGUUACAGAGAGUAAAAGGUCAAAACCUAUUUCUACACCAGCGAUCAUCCAGUUUGGACAUGCAGAGACUCUUCAGCCGCUUCUUGCACUCAUGGGCUAUUUUAAAGAUAAGGUGCCUCUUAAUGCCAACAACUAUUACAGUCACUUGAAUCGCAAGUACCGUAGUGGUCGCAUCGUCCCCUAUGCUGCCAACUUGUUGUUUGUGCUUUAUCACUGUGAUCAAGCUAGAUCUCCUGCGGAAGAGUACAAGGUUCAGAUACUUCUCAAUGAGAAGCUCCUGCCUUUUACCUACUCGGGGAAAACCGUCUCUUUGUACUCCAAACUGAAAAAACAUUAUAAAGAUUUCAUUCAGAACUGCAUGUUUGCCAAAGUGUGCAGUAUCUCAAGAAAUGGUACUAGCGUUGAUUCAUUCUAAAGGGACAUUGUAAACAAGAUCACCGAUGUUUUUGUGUGUACACGUUUUCGGCAAAUUGUAAUGUUUUUGUUUCUGCUCUUAAUUAGAAUGGUGUACUGCUGACACUGCAGGGUUUUAAAAGCUUCUUAAAUGUACGUUUGCAAUUUUAAAAAAUGACAUCAAACCUGAUGCCUGAAAAAAGGCACACAGACUGUUUCCAACGCUUGAAACAAACUGAUGGAGUUGCCGUGUUCCUGAAAAAGAACUCUCUCCCUUUCUGAAUCAUGAAUGAUUGAAAGUAAGGGGUGUGCUAUUCAGCAUGCAACUUACUCCAUAGCGCUGGCUGUUGUCCACUGUGAGCAGCUUCAGAGUUACUGAAGAUGGAAAAUGGUUGCUGGAAUGCUAACUUGUAAAAAAGGUGGAUUUCAACAAAUAUUUCUUACUUUAGAUUCCAAGGGGCUUUCAGAUAUUCCUGUUAAACUCAGGAGACAUAUGAAGCCUUGUGAAUUGCCUAAAUAUUUAUUUCUCUGUAGCCCACUUCAGAGGUUUAGCAUAUAUUUGGACAGCACAGUGGUAACUGUUCCAUCUGUGAUGCAGUCGUUUAUUUUUAAGCCACUCUUAGUAGACUUUGUCCAGUAAUAAUGUUAUAAUAAUCAUCUUCUAGAACCAAAAAAUUGUGCAUUUGCCAUUUGGACAAAGGCCAUUCCAGUUUCAAUAUUUAACUAUUCCAAUUGCCUUCUUCAAUAUUAAUAUUGAAGGUGAAGAAUUGGUGAAUUUUGUUCAAGAUCCAAAAAGAUAAAGUCGUUCUAUACAGUAGGAGAUCUCUGAAAAAUGGCCUGAAAUUUAUCUGUUUUGUCUGUGAAAGAGAGGAUCUUGAACAGUGGGAAUGGGAGUGUGAGAUUUUUGGGAAAUAAACCUCUUCCAAUGACUCUGGAACAUCACUUCAACCCCCAAAUCCAACAUCACACUGCUGAAAUAAGGGCCAUUUUGCUGCUGUAUCUUUGCAGUUCAACCUCAUAAUGUUAGGGGGCCAAAUACGGGUUAUCAGGACUGCCUGCUGUCCAGGGGCUGCUAGUUGCCAACUCCUGCUCAAGACAGAGUAGGAUAUACUGCAUGUUACAAAGACAACAUAUGGUACCUUUGUGAAAAUUCUCAUUAAUCUUUAAAGGAUAUACUUUGAGAUGUUUGUAAACUGCAUUAGGAGAUUUUUGUUUGUUUGUUUAUUAGAAAAAGGAUAGUGCAUUAAAGCAGAAAUUUAAUAUUGAAAAUAACAAAAUACAUACUGGUUUAGUCAAUCUCGCCUUUUUGUUGUUGUGUUUCUAUAUAGGUCUUUGGUUUUUUGAGCAAUUCAUUGAAACUGGAUUGGUUUCACCAAGGAAAUAUUUUAGAUCCUUUCUUUUACAGAAAUAAUUUGUGACCAAGAGAUGGUGUCUUAAAAUCAUGAGUUUAAGAGACAUAGCCAAGAAUAUAAGAACAGAUAUCCAAAGCAGGACGUUUCAUGCAUAAGCAGAAAGCAGGUUAGAGUUAACUUAGCUUAUAUGUCUUAUAAAAGCAAUUUGAAUUAAAUGUACUAAAUUAGAAAAUGCCCUACAAUAGACUUCGAAGAAAGGGAUUUUUAAACUUGCUUUUAGAUGUAAAUGUUCUUAAUGAAAGUAAUCAAAUGAACAAGUCUAUAAUGAUGGCUCUAUUUAUCAAGAUGGAAGGAAAGAGAAGAAGAGGAUGACCAGCAGCAAGUUGGAUAGACUCAGAGUAGCGAUGGAUGCACCACUGUUGAAAGACCUGAAGGACCAGGUUGGAGACUGAUCGUAAUGGAGAACGUCUUAUCUAUGUGGUCCCUAAGGGUCGACACCAGCUUGAAGGGACAUAAUCAAUUCAUCAAGAAGUCUGUUUUAGAGUAACUUUGAUCAUUAAACCUACUAGAACAAUUAAGACCACUCUUAAAGACAAAAGACUAUUCAAAAGACUCAUAGCUGCUUUCAUUUUGGAAUAUUUCAUUUCUUUUGUAGUCUUCCAUUAAGCAGAAUAUGGCAUGAAUGGUGAAUAAGUUAUGGAAUUUAAACUGGAUAAGGCUUUAA